GUCCAAAUGGCUGUUCCUCAUAGUGCCACAUGCCAUGUGAAGGGCAGAAUUCAUAGCAUGAGACAGUUUCCUCAAGUUACAGAUAAAGAAUGGCUUAUUCUAGUUCAACACGGGACUUUGUCGCACUUUCAGAUCUGCAUCCAAGUCUUGCUCGUCCUAAUGUAAUCGGUGUGGUUAUUGGGAAAACAGAUGUCAGAGGCUUUCCAGACAGAAAAAACAUUGGGUCCGAAAGAUACACUUUCAGUUUUACUAUUCGUGAUUCACCAACUUACUUUAUAAACGUAAAUUCUUGGGGCAAAGAAGAGUACAUUAGAUCCCUUUCAGAAAGCUUCAGAGUUGGUGACUGUGUUACAAUUGAAAAUCCUUUAAUUCAGUCAAAGGAAGCAGAAAGGGAAGAAAAAUUCAACCCUGUAACUCCCAGUUGCUACAAACUAAUCCUCAGUGAAAACCAUUCAGUAGUCAGAACGUUUUCCUGUUAUGAAAUGGAUGCCAAACUGCUUUCUCUGCUGCAUCUGCCUGUCAAGGACCCUCAGGAUUAUUAUUCACUGGGUGAUAUCACUGCGAAUGGACAAAGCCUUGAUGGAAGGAUCCUUAAUCUGCUUGCAGCUGUCAUGUCAGUUGGGGAACCAAAGUAUUUCAUGACUUCAGACAAAAGGAAAGGUCAGAGGUGUGAAGUAAAGCUGUAUGAUGAAACAGAGAUGUCUUUUCCAAUAGUCUGCUGGGAUAAUGAAUCCAUCCAGCUUGCACAGAGUUGGGUCCCACGAGAAACAGUGAUAUUUGCAUCAGAUGUGAGAAUAAAUUUUGACAAAUUUAGGAACUGUAUGACUGCGACUGUGAUAUCAAAAACCAUCAUUACAACUAACCCAGAAACAGCAGAAGCAAAUGUUCUCUUCAGCUUCAUAAAAGAGAGUGCACAAUCAGGAGGCUUGUGUGACAAAAUGAUGCAGCAGUCAAAAGACUCCGUUAACUUGGAGACUAUAGUUGAUGUUUAUACUGUGGAACAGCUGAAGAAAAAAGCUUUACAGAGUGAUGUGAAACUUGAACCUAUCUAUGGAGUUAUUUAUGGCUACAUUUCUACUCUGGACAUUGACGAUAAUGCAUCUAAAGUUGUGCGCAACAGAUGUUCAACAUGUCGUUUCAUAGUGAACGAAAUGUCAAACACAUGCACUUUCUGCAGUGAUAUCUCUUCAGAUUUAAAGUCAACUUUUGCAAGCUUUGAGAUACUCGUUGAUGUGUCAGAUCACACAGGCACUCUUUAUUCUUGUUACCUGUCUGACUGUGUGGCUGAGGAAGCAUUAGGAUGCACGGUCCAGGAAUUCCUCGCUCUAGCAGAGGACAAGAAGACUGCAUUGAAAUGGCAACUUCUUCUGGAACGAAGCAAGGUUUAUUUUAAAGUUACUCUGUCACCCAGCUGGAGAACUGGAAUGAAAGUAAAUGUUCUUUCAUGCAAACUGGCAGACUCUGUAGAGGCGAGUCAGAGCUUGCUGGGGAAAGAGACUGGAAAUAAGAGAUUAUGCUAUUAAUAACAGCCAGCAAAAGACUUCCAUCACUGUAUUAUUAGAGGCAGAAUGCUUUCUAAGUAGAAGGAACACACAUUACUAACACCUGUAAGUGGGCUUCUGUGUUCAUCCUUUUGAGGUGAUUGUACUUUAAAAAGUGUACUAGGGCCUCAGCUAAAGCAAAGUUACUUCCACUGAAUUCAACCCCUUGCAAGGGGAGUGGAAACUUUCCUCAUUGUUAGAGUAUCUUUGAAAAAUCAAAAAUAACAAGUAGUAUGAGACAGAUGCAUUGGAUUUUGUGGUUUUUAACUGCCUCGCUACUUACAUGCUACUUCUGUGUCAGUUCAACAAAUAAAGACCCACUUUCAAAUACUGCCUGGGAUUGUGGUGCAUGUCAGUAAGUCCAAACUGGCAACUGCAGAGGCUUGGAACUAGCCCUGAUGUUUCAAGGCUGCUUUUCUUUAGGACAGACUGAGUCUGAUUAGAACAAUCAGUUACCAGGGGCCUCCAACAACGGAUCAACUCAGACUAUAAGCAGCAGAGAAGAAAGGACUCUCUUCACCAAGAUAUCUGUUCUUAGCUGAACAUGAAGAACCAGCUUUCCCUGCAGCUGGUGUAUUUGCUACAUUCACCAGUCUUCACCUUCUGCGCAUAUCAGGAGUUGGCCUAUUUCAAAUAGUGGGAAGAUACCUCGGCCCUUCUCUUCCAAAGCAUGUUAGGCUGGAAUACCUGGAGGAGCUCAGACCACCCCUGGUGCACUACUACCCAUUAAAGCAAUAUGGCACAGAGAAAACUACUCCAGCAACAGUAAAUUUGACAA